AUGCCACAGUGUCAAGACACAGCUGACUGGGCACACAUGUUAGAGGUGACUGGCACACUUGAAUUUCCAUUACUUACAAGUACACUGCUGGAGUGUGUGGUUGGGUAUCUUGGCAUCGAGCUUCCCAGUUCGGUGCCAAAUAUAUUGACAGAGUCCUCUCUGUGGCUGCCGGCCAUAUCAGAAAACUGCUUUCGGUUUAAUACAACGAAACUGAAAAACCCAAACAUUCUCAACCAGUACAUUAGAGAAUUAGAAACACACAAACCUGAAGUGGAAAGUAAAAUUAACAAUGAUGAUACUAAUCAAGCCUGGAACGCUCUGAAAGAAAAUAUCACACGAGCAACUACCUCAGUUUUGGGACAUUUUACUACAACUAAGAACCCCUGGUUUGAUGCCGAGUGCUCGAACGCUAUCGAAGAUAGAAAAUUAGCAAGGGAAAAAUUCCUACAAAAACCAAUAACACAAAACAAACUUAUUUUUGAAGAGAAACAGAAACAUGCCAGGAAACUCAUUAGGAAAAAGAAAAGGGAUUUUAUGAAUCACAAAUUAAAAAGAGCUGAGAAUGACCGUACCACAGACUCCAGAGGAUUUUUCAAGAGCAUAAAUAUGUUUAAAAGUGGGAAUAUAAAAAAUUAUGGACAGUUCAUAACAGACCCAGAUGGCUCCUUGCUAACAGAAAGAAGUGACAUUGCUAACAGAUGGAAGGAAUAUUUUAAUGAGUUACUAAAUGCUCCAACUAUAAGCGUCUCUCAGGAAGAUGACAAUGAAUAUCUUACUGCUGACCCAUCGGACGAAGAGCCCAGCUUAGCAGAAAUUAAAGAAAGCAUCAAGAAGCUGAAGAGACAUAAAGCUCCUGGAAGUGAUGGUAUAGACACAGAUAUAUGGAAGCUCAAGCCCGGCGCGGAGCAGCGUGCAGGCUUAUAUCAGGCACUCGCUUUCUCCGGCCGGUAA